AUGGCGUUUGUUAUGAAGAUUGCUGUUGCUGUGGCAGCAAUGCCGCUCUACGGAGCGCUUGCUCGUCCGUCCUCUCUUUCAGGCUGCGUGAAGCGCGCAAACGAUACCAACUUGCUUCCGAGUUAUGAUUACGUCGUUGUCGGCGCGGGUGCGAGUGGUCUUACGGUGGCCAACCGUCUCUCCGAAGAUCCGAACGUGACCGUUCUGGUCAUUGAGGCCGGCGAGCUUGACGCGGGCGAGGACUUCGUCAAGAUUCCCGGCUUGGCCGGUGGUGCAGUCGGCACCAAGUACGACUGGAACACGACUUACGCUCCCAACGAUGCCCUCGGAGGACGAAGCGUGUCGAUCCCGCAAGGAAAGGUCGUUGGUGGUUCAACGAAGCUGAACCGAAUGGUUUUCGACAGAGGGUCCAAGUCUGAUUACGAUCGCUGGGAGGCUCUUGGAAACACUGGAUGGAACUGGGAUUCCCUCCUACCCUACUUCAAGAAGAACGAAAUCUUUACGCCCCCUACCGCAGAGAUCGCAGCCGAGUGGGGUGUUCAGGUGGAUGACUCUGCCCACGGCAAGGACGGGCUGAUGCACGUCACGUACUCGCCCUUCUUCUGGCCCACCACCAAGAACAUGAUCGACGCUGUGAAGGAGCUCGGCAUCACAGUUGCCAAGGACCAAGCCAACGGAAGCCCGAUCGGCGGCUACUUCUGCCCUCAUAACCAGGAUCCUACAUCCAACACCCGCUCUUCAGCCAGGGAAGCCUACUACGACAACUUCACCGGAAGACAGAACCUCCACCUUCUGACUAGCCAGCAAGUAACCAAGAUUAUCACCACUGGUUCAGGUGAUUCCGUCGCGGCCACCGGUGUUGAGUUCUCUGCCAGCAAGGGAGCCCAGGUGCAAACCGCCAACGCAAAGAAGGAGGUCAUUCUCGCGGCCGGCUCAUUCCACACGCCCCAGCUUCUCCAGGUCUCUGGCAUUGGUGACUCUGCCCUCCACAAGAGCAUCAACGUUCCCACCGUUGUCGAUCUUCCCGCUGUCGGACUGAACCUUCACGACCACGUCCUGCUGACUGUUGUCAACACCAUCAACACCAGCCUGCCUUUGAACAGCUUCCUGACUAGCAACGCAACCUUCGCUGCCGCGGCUCGCGCCCAGUUCGAUAGCCAGAAGAACGGCCCCUUCGCCUCCCCCACCGGUGACUUCCUCGCCUUCCUCCCUCUGUCCACUUAUUCCAAGGCGGGAGAGACACUCGGCACUCAGGCUGCGGCCCAGGACGGUACCACGUUCUUGCCUCAGGGUACUCCGUCCGAGGUUGUGAAGGGCUACCAAGCGCAACAGAAGGUUCUCAACGAUCGUCUUCUCUCUGCUGACUCCGCUCUUCUUGAGAUCAUCUGGUCUGAUGGUGCUAUGGUUCUCGGCCUUCAGCACCCUUACUCUCGCGGCAGUGUCAAGGCCUCGUCCGCCAGCACUUUCGACGCCCCUGUUGCCGACGCCGGUUUCCUCCGCAACCCUCUCGAUAUCUCCCUCCUGGCCGAGGGUGUCAAGUUCACCCGCACCCUGACCGCGACUUCUGCCAUCAAGCAGCUGUCUCCUUUCGAGGUCGUCCCCGGCGCAAACGUUACUACCGAUGAGGCCAUCUCUGACUUCAUUCGUCAACAAAGCUCGACUUUGUUCCACCCUGUCGGCAGUUGCAAGAUGGGCGCCAAGGAAGAGGGCGGUGUUGUUGAUGGUAACUUGAAGGUGUACGGUGUUAAGAACUUGCGUGUUGUGGACGCGUCUAUCAUGCCGUUGGUCCCCGCCACCCACAUCAUGACGACAGUCUAUGCUGUGGCCGAGAAGGCCGCCGACAUUAUUCGUGGCAAGACUUCCUCCUAA